CACAAAGUUGCAGAGCAUCCUUUAGUCCCCGCCUGCCUUUCUGUCUGACUCCACGCUUACCUGCCUGUUCUUCCACCGCAUCUCCUCCACUUCUUCCCAGCCUACAAGACUUUUACAGUUUCGAAGCGUUCGCCCCGAUAAAGAAGUGCGGCUCGACGCGUUUGAAAAGAUGUUGGCUUGCGCAGAGAUGAUCACUAUGUGCCUGCAGUCGGCCAAACAGAAGCAUCUUCGGGCUCAGCAGCAACAGCAGCCGCUGCACAGCUCCGGACAGGGGCUUACUAUCUUUCAUGAUAUUUUCCGCAGAGCAGACAAAAAUGAUGAUGGCAAGUUGUCAUUUGAGGAGUUCAAUGCUUACUUUGCUGAUGGGAUCCUGACAACCGAAGAGCUGCAGGAACUUUUUUAUUCCAUAGACGGCCGGCAGAAUAACAAUCUGGACACUGACAAGCUAUCCGAUUAUUUUUCUGAGCACCUUGGAGAAUAUCUAAAUGUUCUUUCGGCUCUGGAGAGCCUGAACAUUGCCAUUUUAAAAGCGAUGGACAAAACUAAGGAGGAGUACCAAGGUGGCAGUGUGUUGGGUCAGUUCGUCACCAGGUUCAUGCUAAGAGAGACAUCCAGUCAGCUGUUGUCUUUACAGAGGUCCCUUCAGUGUGCCAUGGAGGCUGUAGAGGAGCAGAGCAGCCCCGCUCCGAGGGAGGAAAAGGCUCCCGAGCUGACAGCAGUACAGAAAAAUGGCAGGCGUUGUGGUCGCAGAGUCUAUAACAACCUGUGUGUGUCUUCAUCAGAUCCCAGCUCUGAGAUGCCAACCACAGGCAUCAACAAAGAAGAUGCGGAGAACUGGUGCUCUCAGAUCAACCGACUGCAGCAACUUUUGGAUAAACUGGAGUGUCAGGGUCCCAAGUUGGAGCCACUCAAGGAGGAUACACUUGCCAGCACAUAUAAGUCUAACAUCCUGCUGGUUCAGAGGCAGAUGUCCGUGAAUGAUGACGAACUAGAUAACUUCCGGAAAGUUCUCAACAGCUAUAUUGAUGCCACGUUAGCCCACUCUGACAACUUGCAUGUGUCUGUUCAGAAGCUCCCGGGAAAGUCGUGUUACAUAAUGUAUGAGUUCUGGCAAGACCGCAUCUCCUGGAUGAGCUAUCUUCAGUCCAAUAGCAGCAAAGAUUUCCAACGCUGCAUCAUUGACAUGAUGGAGGAUGCUGAGAUAGUUUCUACCAUGUUGCUGCCAGCUUCCUGGUGGAUUAUGACUAACAACUAACAACUGAAUCUGGAAUGUCACAUCGACUGCCUACAUGGUCACACAGAGAAAGACACUGGCACACCAAUCCCACCUACCCACAUGCAUUCUAACAUGGACACACACACACAGAGCAAAAGCAUCUUCAUGUUUUAAUGCAAAAGAAAAAAAGCCACCCAAUUUCAGCUGCUUUCUCUAAUGUUCCAGUCUUUAGCCUUCAUUGUUUUGCCACGUAUAUUCAAAGGCACAGCUGCAUUCUCUAGCCUGCAAACACAAAAGUAAUUGGUUCUCUGCAAUGGAAAAGCCAUUUAAUGAUUUCAUAACCCCCUCUCACUUGUGAUAUGGCCACCUUUCUCCAGCAGUGUUUUUCUGACAAGGAUAGAUGGAGCCACCAUCUUUGGAAUGAAAAUAACAGUUCUUGCAAUGUUUUGUGUUUAUAAAGAUCUUUUUAACCAGUGCAAACAAAUUUAAUGAAAAGCCAGAAAAUAUGUGGAGAUAAAGGACAGCUGCUUUUUAAACAUGCAUGUUAUUGUGGCUUCUUUCCUCUGUACAUGAUGUUGUUCUAUUCGUUCCUUGCAUUUAUCUAACCUGUUGUUAUGUGCACAGAAUCCAAAAAUAUCUGUUAAUAUAGCUACACCAGCCCUCUAUUUACUGCUAAAUAUACAAGUGUUUGGGUACUCUAUUAGUUAACCUUCAGCCAUCCAUAUAAGUCGCAUUCUAUAUCUCAAAAUGUAAAAAAUAUAUUUAAAAAUGUGCGUAUAAAAGAUAUGAAAUACUGAGAUUUCCUUGUAUUGUUAAAUAUAUCAUGUUUUUAUUUUGGCCAUGGUGGACCUUACUGUAUUUGUAUAUACAGACUUCUUGAACUGUACUGUAUGGUUCCCCUUUCAUUUGGUUUAGAAAUCUACACAAUGAAAAGACUGAAAUGCAACUUUAAUAAAAGUAUUAAACUUUGAAAA